AUCUAAAAUAUUAGUCCUGCGAGAAACCCACAAUCCUCCACACUUCCGAUGGCGAGGUCCUCCGCCACCCGCCGCCUGCUCUCCUCCAUCCGCUCCAAAACCAACACCGUCUCGCUGCUCAUCUUCGAUGGAGGAGCUAUGCCUCCCAGUGCUGGUGGACGUAGGGCGAUGUCUACUGCGGCGAGAGCCAAGGAGGACAACGAGGCUUGGUGGAAGGAGUCGCUGGAGAGGAUGCGGAACAUCGGCAUCUCGGCUCACAUCGACUCUGGGAAGACCACUCUCACCGAGCGCGUCCUCUUCUACACCGGCCGGAUCCAUGAGAUUCAUGAGGUCCGGGGGAGGGACGGUGUUGGAGCUAAGAUGGAUUCCAUGGACCUUGAGCGGGAGAAGGGCAUUACUAUUCAGUCCGCCGCCACGUACUGUACCUGGAAUGGAUACCAGAUUAAUAUAAUCGAUACUCCUGGCCACGUGGAUUUCACUAUUGAAGUAGAAAGAGCUCUCCGUGUUCUUGAUGGCGCCAUUCUUGUUCUUUGUAGUGUUGGAGGUGUACAGAGUCAAUCAAUUACUGUUGAUCGCCAAAUGAGAAGAUAUGAAGUACCAAGGCUGGCAUUUAUAAAUAAGUUAGAUCGAAUGGGAGCUGAUCCAUGGAAGGUUCUUAAUCAGGCAAGAUCAAAGCUUCGGCAUCAUAGUGCAGCAGUUCAAAUUCCAAUUGGUUUGGAAGAGGAAUUUCAAGGCCUUGUAGAUCUUGUAGAGUUGAAAUCUUAUUAUUUUCAUGGUGCAAAUGGGGAGAAUGUAGUUGCAUCUGAUAUUCCCUCAAAUUUAGAGGCAUCAGCUGUGGAAAAAAGACGUGAACUGAUUGAAGUUGUCUCUGAAGUGGAUGAUCAACUGGCUGAAAUUUUUUUGAAUGAUGAACCUAUGUCACCCAGAGACCUUAAGAUGGCAAUCCGUAGGGCGACAAUAGCACGUAAAUUUGUUCCAGUUUUAUAUGGGAAGCGCAUUCAAAAACAAGAUGUCCUUUACAUGCUCACUGCUUACAAUUUGAGUCUUCAGGGCGUACAACCACUCCUUGAUGGAGUUCUAGACUAUUUACCCUGCCCUACUGAAGUUGAAAACCAUGCCCUUGAUCAAAACAACUCUGAAGAGAGGGUUUUGUUAUCUGGAACACCAGCUGGAUCACUUGUUGCUUUAGCUUUCAAAUUGGAAGAAGGCCGCUUUGGUCAAUUGACGUAUCUUAGAAUCUAUGAAGGUGUCAUUAAGAAGGGUGAAUACAUUGUCAACAUUAAUACUGGGAAGAAAAUUAAGGUCCCUCGUUUAGUUCGGAUGCAUUCCAAUGAGAUGGAGGACAUUCAAGAAGCUUAUGCUGGGCAGAUUGUUGCUGUUUUUGGUGUAGACUGUGCAUCCGGUGAUACCUUCACUAAUGGCUCAGUUAGAUACACCAUGACAUCCAUGAAUGUUCCAGAACCAGUAAUGUCACUGGCGGUUUCACCUGUAUCUAAAGAUUCUGGGGGACAAUUUUCAAAGGCUUUGAAUCGGUUCACCAAGGAGGAUCCAACCUUCCGUGUUGGUUUGGAUGCUGAGAGUGGGCAGGUUUGCUAUGUGUGAUUUUCCUAUUGAGCAUUAUU